CAAAGUCCUCCUCAUUCCCACAACUUUUAAUUAUUUUUCGCUCCCUCUCUCUCUCUCUCUCUCCUCCCUUCUCAUCACUCUCUUCAGAUCCCACUCUCUCUGCAAAUCCCAUAUUCCCGAUCGCCCCUUUCUCUCUCUCUGAAAUCCAUUCCGUCAGGGAAUCAAAAUCCCAUCUUUUUCAUUCACAUACAAAACCCACACACACAUAUUUAUAGAUCUGCUGCUCCUCCUCCCAUGGCUGCCACCGGGAAUCAAAAUCCGCCGCCGCAGCAGCAACCGCCGCCCUUCGACAUGCAGAAAUUCUUUAAACCCACAAGCCCAUCUCCUCUCACCCCCCAAACCUCAACCCCCGCCCAUUCAAACCAAAACCCUAACCCUAAUUUGAGUUCCUCCUCGUUCCCAAUCCCGCCGGCUUCUUUCCCUCCUCCCACGGGGCCCUACUCGUACCCGCCCCAAACGGCACCGUUUCACCUCCAUCAGUUUCAAUACCACCCCCACCCGCAGCAGCCCCACCCCCAAAUGCCUUACUCUCCGCAAGACCACCACUUGCUCCACCAGAGGUCUCUCUCGUUUCCCACCCCGCCCCUCCAACCCCCUUCUAAUUACAACAUUGCCACUCCCGCUUCCAACCCCAACAGCACCGGCGGUAGCAAUUCCAAUUCGAGCCCGAAUUCUGGUGCUCGAAUCAUGGCGCUUCUUGGUGCUCCUUCGGGAAAUCUAGAGCCUGAGUUGUCGACUCCUACAGGUGUCUCAAUGGUGCCCGCUCUCCCUAUGGGGAUUCCAUCCACUGGCCCGACUCGAAUGCCCAGCAAUAAGCUGCCGAAAGGCCGGCAUUUGAUUGGCGAUAACGUGGUUUAUGAUGUGGACGUUAGGUUGCAGGGUGAGGUUCAGCCACAGCUCGAAGUUACGCCCAUAACCAAGUAUGGUUCGGAUCCUCAGCUUGUGCUUGGACGCCAAAUUGCGGUUAAUAAGUCGUAUAUAUGCUAUGGAUUGAAGCAGGGGAACAUUCGGGUGUUGAAUAUACACACUGCAUUGAGAUCUUUGUUUCGAGCUCAUACGCAGAGGGUCACAGACAUGGCUUUCUUUGCUGAGGAUGUUCACCUUUUGGCUAGUGUAAGUGUAGAAGGACGACUCUUUGUAUGGAAGAUUUCUGAAGGUCCAGAUGAAGAAGGUACGCCACAAAUCACUGGAAAGGUUGUCAUUGCUAUUCACAUAGUUGGAGAGGGGGAAGCUAUUCAUCCACGAGUUUGUUGGCACUGUCAUAAACAAGAGGUUUUGGUAGUUGGGUUUGGAAAGCGUGUACUAAGAAUUGAUACUACUAAAGUUGUGAAGGGUGAAGCUCCUUCUGCUGAUGAGCCUGUCAAAUGUCCCGUUGAAAAGCUGAUUGAUGGAGUCCAGUUUGUCGGUAAACAUGAUGGAGAAGUGACCGAUUUGUCAAUGUGCCAAUGGAUGACCACCCGUCUGGUUUCUGCUUCUAUGGAUGGAACAAUAAAGAUCUGGGAAGAUCGCAAGGCUCAACCUCUUUUAGUAUUGAGACCCUAUGACGGCCAACCUGUUUAUUCAGCUACAUUUGUGACAGCUCCCCACAGGCCAGAUCAUAUUAUACUUAUCACAGUGGGGCCACUUAAUCGGGAAGUGAAGAUCUGGUCCUCAGCGAGUGAAGAAGGCUGGCUGCUUCCCAGUGAUGCUGAAUCAUGGAAAUGUACCCAGACAUUAGAGUUGAAGAGUUCUUCUGAACCCCGAGUCGAGGAGGCAUUCUUUAAUCAAGUCAUAGCAUUGUCACAAGCUGGCCUUCUCUUACUUGCAAAUGCUAAGAAGAAUGCUAUAUAUGCUGUACACUUAGAAUUUGGUUCUGAUCCAGCAUCAACCCGCAUGGAUUACAUUGCAGAAUUUACUGUUACCAUGCCAAUUUUGAGUUUUACAGGGACAAGUAUAUCUUCUCAUGGUGAACAGAUUGUUCAGGUUUAUUGUGUCCAGACACUGGCCAUUCAGCAGUAUGCUUUGGAAUUAUUAAAGUGCUUGCCUCCACCACUGGAUAAUGUGGGAUUAGAAAAGUCAGAUUCCAAUAUCUCACGCGAUGCAAUUGGGGCUGAAGGAUAUCUAUCUGGAAGUAAACCCACAGAGGCACUGCUAGCGAAUUCAUCACCUAAACCAGCCGUACAAGAAAGUAGUUCUGAGGGUGCAGCUGCAAAUACAGAAUCCAGACUUGUUUCAUUUGCAUCGGCAACUAGUGACUCUGAUGCUGUUUUUGUUGCAACACCACCUAUUACUUUGAGUCCUAAGUUGUCUGGGAAAUUUUCUGGUAUAAGAAGUCCAGCAGAUAUCUCUGAGGCAGGUCGCACACUUAAUGACCAUGGUGGAGACCAACAAGUCAAUGAUUACUCAGUUGACAGGCAAAUGGACCCUGCUCAUUUAAACAUGUCGGAUGUGCCUGCAGUGGAUGAUGACUCGAGGAAUGAUGAACCUAAAGUUGGACAAGAUGAUUUAUCUAGUGUGCUCAAUCCUCCUAUCAUGUUCAAACAUCCAACCCAUCUAAUAACUCCCUCUGAGAUUUUAAUGGCUGCUUCAUCUUCUGAAGCUGCUACUAUUGACAGCAAGAGUGAGGGGGAGGGAAAUAUCCAAGAUGUUCUUGUUAACAGUGAUGUAGGUAAUUCUGAGGUGGAGAUGAAAGUAGUGGGUGAAACGAGAUCUACUCAAAUUGAUGAGUUUGGCUCUCAAGGAGAACCACAAAAUGCUGUCUCAGAAAAUAAAGAAAAAUACUUUUGCUCCCAGGCAUCAGAUCUUGGAAUUGAAAUGGCCCGAGAAUGCUGUGCCCUACCAGCAGAAAAUUAUGUAACGGAUGAAGCUCGGCAAGUUGAUGAUGCCAGCGUGACAGAACCACCAGGCCAGUCUCAUGCUGGAGACGAAGACCAGGACUCUGCAAAAGAUGUUUCUGCGUCAUCUACCCCCCCAACAGUUUUGCAAUCGCAGACAUCAAAUACAAAAGUGAAAAAACAGAAGUGGAAAAAUUCACAAGCAUCAGGUUCAUCGUUCCCAUCAGCAACUGUACUCAAUUCAAUAGAUUCCACCAAUGAAAAUGGUGUCAGUUCAAGCCUACCCUCUUCAGAAGCUGCACACCCUCAAAUUAUGGCCAUGCAGGAUACGGUUAAUCAGCUACUGACCAUGCAGAAAGAAAUGCAAAAGCAGAUGACAAUGAUGGUUGCAGGCCCUGUUACAAAGGAAGGGAGGAGAUUGGAAGCUGCUCUUGGGCGAAGUAUGGAGAAGACUGUGAAGGCCAAUAAUGACGCUCUAUGGGCUCGUUUUCAAGAAGAGAAUGCAAAGAACGAGAAGUUAUUGCGAGACCGUAAUCAGCAAAUAACCAGUUUGAUCAAUAACUUCAUAAACAAGGAAUUCCCAGUCAUGUUGGAGAAAGUGGUGAAGAAGGAAUUAUCUGUGAUUGGACCAGCUGUUGUUCGUGCUAUAACUCCAGCGAUUGAGAAGGCCAUACCUUUGGCUAUUUCUGAUUCCUUCCAGAGAGGAGUGGGUGACAAGGCUGUUAAUCAAUUGGAUAAAUCUGUUAACUCAAAACUUGAAGCUACUGUUUCCAGGCAAAUUCAGGCGCAGUUUCAAACUUCUGGCAAACAAGCUCUUCAGGAUGCUCUCAAGUCUAGUAUGGAAGCUUCGGUAGUACCUGCCUUUGAGAAGUCAUGUAAGGCCAUGUUUGAGCAAGUAGAUGCUACGUUCCAGAAAGGAAUGGUUGAACACACAACUGCGGCCCAGCAGCACUUUGACUCCGCACAUUCACCAUUGGCACUGGCUCUAAGGGAAGCUAUUAAUUCUGCAUCAUCGGUGACUCAAACCUUAAGCGGAGAAGUGGCUGAUGGUCAACGUAAGCUCAUAGCUCUGGCAGCUGCACGGGGAAACUCAAGUGCAGUAAAUCCUAUGGUCACACAACUCACUAAUGGACCUUUGGGUGGUCUCCACGAGAAGGUUGAGGUGCCUUUGGAUCCAAAGAAUGAGCUAUCGAGGCUGGUAUCUGAACGCAAGUACGAGGAGGCUUUCACAGUGGCUCUGCAAAGAAGUGAUGUGACCAUCGUAUCGUGGUUGUGCCAUCAGGUUGAUCUGCGUGGGAUAUUGCUGUCGAAUCCUGUUCCCCUGAGCCAAGGUGUGCUUCUUUCUCUUUUGCAACAACUGGCGUGUGAUAUCAGCAAUGAUACACCCAGAAAAGUUGCAUGGAUGACGGAUGUGGCGGGCGCCAUAAACCCGGCUAACCAAAUGAUUGCGAUGCACGUACGGCCUAUAUUUGAGCAAGUUUACAAUAUACUGCACCAUCAACAUGCCUUGCCUACGGUCUCUAGUGCCGAACACACAAGUAUCCGACUUCUCAUGCAUGUCAUCAACUCCAUGAUGAUGGCCUGUAAGUGAUUAUCCAUCUCUCUACAAAUCUACCAUUGUGCAAGAAACAAUAUUUAUAUGGACAUUUUGUACAAAAAUCUGCUGUGAUCUCUUAUGAAAAGCGUCGCCGAACCGUGUAGAGUCAGUUUUCGUCGAAUUGGAUACAUAGGGCUUAGGCAUUUCGGGAUACUGUAUUUAUCGUCUCUUUUUUCGCCUUUCUUUUACUUGUCAUGGCUCUAUGUAAACUGCAAUUUUGUGUUUUCUUCACACCUGUGAAUGCAUCUGUGUUUCUAUUUUUCCUUAAAUUUUAGAUGUGUCUUUCGAGUUUA